UCUACAGGACUUCCUUGUCGCUAUGAUUGCGGAGGUUAAUGCUGGUACAUCUUACUGGAUCGGACUUCUACAAAUGACAGGAGGGUGGACAUGGUCUGAUGGAACAGCGGUUUACAGUGGCUUCACCAACUGGGCACCAGGAGAACCCAACGAUGUUGAUAGGCAAUGUGGGCAGCUCUGGCAGGCUAAAGGUUUCAAAUGGGACGACACUAACUGCGAUUUUCAAAGGCCCUUCGUCUGUCAAAUAGCCACGGAUGCAGUGGUUGGUUUGUGGCCAUUAAACGGACAGUACGGAGCAUCAGACAUAACAGGAAACGGAAAUAACGGGACAGCAACAGGAACCCAGUUGGCCCCAGGUCCGUUUGGAGACGCCGACGGAGCUUUCCUGUUUUCGGGAACCGAAAAUUCCUACAUCGACAUUCCCAACAACGGCAGGCUGGAUGUGCGCUACUCCUUCACCAUACUGGCGCACAUCUAUCCUACCGGAGAGGCAGGACCAAUCUUCGACUACGUCGGGAACAACAACGCCUGGGCAUUACACUUUUGGCAGGUUGCUUCACAGGAGCUGUUUAUGAGGUAAGUUUACUUACCAGGCACAGAAUAUUGAACCUUUAGAACUACC